AUGGCGUUUCAGUUCGCCGUGUGUGGCUUAUCGGCUUAUCUUAGCGUAGCCCCGCUCUCGGCUCUCGGCUCUCGGCUCUCCCCUACAUUGAACCUUGGAUUUUGGAUUUUCGACUUUGAACUUUGUAUACCGUACCUAUGCACCGGUAAAUGCAAGCAAUGGGUGUUUCCUUUCAAUGUCAGUGGGAGUGACUCGAACCUGAACUUGAACCUGAACCUACGAAAGAAGCCCGAGACAUAUUUUCUUCUGAAUAGUCUCCGUUCCCCCAAUGCCAUCCCUCCUCGAACCUCAUCCACUGGCAGAAAUAGCCUCAACCACAUCGCCUCAAAGCCUGUUCUGCGCCCCGUCCCCGAAGGCGACUGGAUCUCCCAGCGCAAACGCUCCCUCCCCAGCACCACCUCCCAUCCCCCUUUGAAUCCUGCUAUCCAGUCCACCGGGGCGUCUUCUGAUUCUUCCAAAUACUACAAGAACGACAUGGCCUUCCACGGGAAAGGCAGCUGGUCCGACGAGAAGGAAAGCGUGCUGCUGGGCCCCUACGAAUACCUGUUCGCGCAGCCAGGCAAGGACAUCCGCGCACAGCUCAUAGCCGCAUUCAACGAGUGGCUGGAAGUGCCCCCGGAAAGUCUGGAAGUCAUCACGCGGGUAGUUGGUAUGCUACACACUGCGUCCCUGCUCGUCGACGACGUUGAAGACUCCUCGUUGCUGCGGAGAGGGCUGCCGGUGGCCCACAGCAUUUUCGGGACGGCGCAGACAAUCAACUCGGCGAACUACGUGUACUUCGUCGCGCUGCAGGAGCUGCAGAAGCUGGGGAACGCGAGCGCAAUUUCCAUCUACACGGAGGAGCUGCUGAAUCUGCAUCGCGGGCAGGGUAUGGAUCUGUUCUGGCGGGAUACGCUGACAUGCCCGAGCGAGGACGACUAUCUGGAGAUGGUUGGGAACAAGACGGGGGGGUUGUUCAGACUAGCUGUCAAACUAAUGCAGGCCGAGAGUAAGACGUCAAAAGACUGUGUCCCCCUAGUCAACCUCAUCGGAAUCAUCUUCCAGAUCCGUGACGAUUACCAGAACAUCUCUUCGCCAGAAUACAUCCAGAACAAGGGCCUCUGCGAGGACCUAACCGAGGGCAAGUUCUCCUUCCCCAUCAUCCACAGCAUCCGUGCCCGGCCCGAGAACAUGGUCCUGCUCAGCAUACUCAGGCAGAAGACGGACGAUGAGCAGGUCAAGCGGUACGCCGUGAGCUACAUGGAGGGUACCGGCUCCUUCGAGUACUGCCGGAAGGUGCUCGGGACGUUGACGGAGCGGGCGAGGGUGCUGGUCGGGAAUUUAGACGGGGAGAGCCAGGAAGAGGGGGAAGGGUCUGUACAUGGAGAGAUGAAAGCGAAAGCGAAGACGAGGAAAGGCGAAGGUGUACUGAGAAUCUUGGAUAAAAUGGCCGUCUAA